UCAGUCAUGGCAAUCUUUGGAUUGUUUGGUUUUCUGGUUUUGCUCGAAUGCAGAGCAGCGUAUGGAUCAUUUGAAAUAGUAGGCGGUGAUCCAAUAAGUAUAGAGAAUGUCCCGUACUUCGCGAUAUAUAAGGUGAAGCACGUGGACCGCGGAUGUGGAGCUUCCAUCGUCACAAACCAGUUCGUUAUAUCAGCAGCACAUUGUUAUUUGAGUUUUGAUGGGAAUCCAACAGAAGUAAUUGUUGGCACAGAUAAAAUAUACGAAGGUGAACACCACGAAAUUAUGGCAUCUUAUCCACAUCCAAGUUUUAUCAUGAAUAAUUUAUUGUUUCAUCAUGUUGAUUGUGAUGUUGUAUUGCUUAAAUUGAGUAAGAAGUUAAUAUUCAAUGAUAGAGUGCAGCCAAUCGCAUUAGCUGAACCCAACAUGGUUAUAGAAGAUAACGCGGUAUUUGAAACCAUGGGUUUUGGUAGGACAAAUCCGUAUGAUCCAAACUCCUUUUCUAAUAUUCUCCUCGCAGUCGAUGUACCCUACGUCACAGAUAGAAUAUGCGCUAAAACUUAUGGAAAGGAGUUGACGAAACACAUGAUUUGCGCUGGUGAAGAAGGAAAAGAUAGCUGCCAGAACGACAGCGGUGGUCCUCUAGUAUACAAAGACAAGCUAAUUGGCAUAGUUUCCUUCGGCCGUAGCUGCGCUGAGAAAGACACGCCCGGUGUCUAUGCUAAAGUGUCAAGUCUGCGUGAUUUCAUUGACAAAAUUAUUAAAGAAAACCAGUAGGGUUAUUUCAGCGCCACUGAAGUAUUCGUAGUGAUAGAUUCAUUUUUAAUGAGUAUAAUGCUCUGUGAAGUAUAUUUUUU